AUGGGGCGGGUUUGCAUGAAAGACGUAGCGAAGCAACUGGUCACGAUCCGCAACCGAUACACUCAGGUUGGUACAGGUGGCAUGCGAUCAACACUAAUGCUGUUCUGUGUUGCCGGGAGUGACACUGGUGCAUCGCUCAACUGUCCCAUCUCCGAAAGGAUCGAUCUGACCGAGGGCGUUCAGGAUUCGCAAGGUUUAGUGCGGUUUGCAGGGAAUAUGUAUUCUCCCGAGAACUACACAACAUCCGAAGAAAAUCAUCGCUAUAGUUGUGUGUGUGCACAGCGCAAGUGUGUGUACGUGUGCUGCUAUCACAUUGAUCGGUCGAAGUGUGAAGAGUCUUCGCUGCUGUUGAAUCGAACCUCGUCUAAGGAGGUCAGCUGGGUUGCCAGUAUGCUGGAAGAGAUUGAUCUACGGGAGAGUAGUGAGUUCUGGUUGAUCUAUGCGACGCCACCUGCCUGGAACUAUAUGCCCGGGUAUUCGUUGCAGAUCUCUGGCCACGAAGGAGAACUGAUCAAUGAUGGUAGUUUUGCGUACGGCACGAAGGUGUAUGCGAGCAGGACGUAUUGCAUAAAUCCCGCAGAAGAUUCGAUGCCGUACGUGUGGAUAAAGGAAACGGACGAACAUUUGGAGGUGCACCGUUGGCAUUCGUUGGGCAUGAUCAUCUCUAUACCUUUCCUCGUAGCAACGUUAAUCGUGUAUGCUCUCAUACCGGACCUGCGAAACAUCCCCGGCAAGUCACUGAUGUGCUAUGUGUUCGCUUUGGCCGUCAGCUAUUUAGCGCUAAUUCUGAUCAAGCGCAGCGUCUUCGAUAACUCACCCGACUGGUGUACAGCGAUUGGGUACGUGUACUACUUCGCGGUAAUGUCUAGCUUCUUCUGGCUCAACGUGAUGGCGUUCGAUAUCUACUGGACAUUUGGUGGCCGUACUAGGAGAACAACUGAUCAGGGGAAGUUUUUACUGUACUGUUGCUAUGGAUUUGGUUGUCCACUCGUCUUCUUGGCGCUCGCUUUGGUGGCUGACCAUACAGAGCUAAUGUAUACGAGUCUGCGACCAAGGUUUGGCGAUGGACAGUGUUUAUUUAGGGGAGAACAGUUUGUAUCCUUUCUAUAUCUUUACCUUCCGCUGAUCCUGUUGGUGAGUGCAAACUUGUUCUUCUUCAUAAGUACGGCUAUCAAGAUUAAUAGCAUAGAACGUACCACAGCUGCUGCACUUCAGGGUGAAUCGGGACGUCACAGCAAAUACACGAAUGAAAGGAAUAGGUAUGGACUAUACGUCCGACUGUUUGUAGUAAUGGGCGUUACCUGGACGUUCGAGUUUAUAACGUGGAUUGCCGACUCGCAACACUGGAUGGUGCACGUGACGGACAUCUGUAACUGCAUCAGCGGAGUGUUCAUAUUUUUCCUGUUUGUGUGGAAGCGCAAAGUGUGGAAGUUGCUGCAGCAGAGGCUUAGCGGAAAGCAGGCUCAUACGCGCAAUCAACCACUGUUCUCUGUGAGCGGUACCAGAACGACUAGCUUGCAGCCACCGGUUCGCAAACAGUCUGCAAUGAAUCUGGAAGUGUCGAGCUUUUAG